GAAGACUGUCCAGCUUCGCCAAGAGGGAGAAAGACUCGGUGGACAACAGAGUGGUGAUCGCGAGAUGUCGAAAUCCGGUGCUAUGGAUCUCGCUACGAGAGUGGGAGGGUCGAUCAAGAAGGAAGACGUGCAGUCCGCUGUGGAUCGGUACGAAAAAUAUCAUGUCUGCUUUGGUGGUGAAGAGGAAACAAGAAAAGCAAACUACAGUGAUAUGGUAAAUAAGUACUAUGAUCUUGCCACAAGCUUCUAUGAAUUUGGUUGGGGACAGUCAUUCCAUUUUGCUCCCAGAUGGAAAGGGGAGUCUCUUGGCGAAAGCAUUAAGCGCCAUGAGCACUUCAUUGCCUUACAACUAGGACUGAAACCUGGGAUGAAGGUUCUGGAUGUGGGUUCCGGAAUCGGUGGACCUCUAAGAGAGAUUGCUAGGUUUAGCUUAACUUCCGUUACAGGGAUCAACAACAAUGAAUAUCAGAUUUCCAGAGGAGAAGAGCUCAACCGAUUAGCGGGAUUAAGUCAUUCGUGCAACUUUGUUAAGGCUGACUUCCUGAAAAUGCCAUUUUCGGAUAACGAGUUCGACGGCAUCUACGCGUUCGAUGCACUUUGCCAUGCACCAGAUCCAGUAGCCUGCUACAGAGAGAUCUGUAGGGUGCUGAAGCCCGGCCAGUGCUUUGCCGCAUCUGAAUGGUUCAUGACCGAUCACUUCGAUCCAAACAACCAAAGUCACCAGAAAAUAAAGGCCGAAAUCGAGCUUGGCAAUGGACUCCCAGAUAUAAAGACCACAAGAGAAUGUGUUGAUGCACUGAAACUUGCAGGAUUCGAGGUCGUAUGGGCGAGGGAUCUUGCGGUGGGUUCUCCUAUACCUUGGUACUCGCCAUUGGAUGUAAACCGGUUCUCCCUCAGUGGCUUCCGCUUGACGGCUUUUGGGAGAGGGAUUACUAGAGCCAUGGUCAAGGCUCUGGAAUUUGUUCGCAUUGCGCCGGCAGGAAGCGCGAGAGUCUCAUCAUUCCUGGAGACGGCCGCCGAGGGGCUUGUGGAAGGUGGAAGGAAGGAGAUCUUCACACCAAUACACUUCUUUUUGGCCAGAAAGCCUCUCUCACGUUCUUGAGAAAGUUCAAGGCUCUGAAUUUGCUAGUUGCACAAGUGCCGUGCGAUCUCGCAAAGUCUAAAACUACAACACUGGUCAUUAACUAUUUUCGUUUUCCAACUUUGGAUGUUGUUGUUGGAAACUUUGGUUUGCAUCCUCGAGGAUCAAUAAUUACUUGGUGUUCAGUUUUCAUCUC